AUGGCCUUGGUCAGACGUUGGAGCUCUUUCCUGGUCAUUGGUGCAGUAUUUAUAUUCGUGUUCUACCGUCUGAGAAGUCCGAUCACAACGCCUGGAGCGGCUGACACUACUCUCACUCCGACGCACCCUCAUAGCUCAGUCUCAGAGCCGCACAUUGGGUCUACGAAGUUUCUCUGGAAAGAUAUACCUAUCCAAAAUAAAGUGACGUCGUACAUUGCCUAUCCAAGUGGGAAUCCGCAGCAGCUGUCCAAGAUCCAGCACGACUUCAGCAAAGAUACCGGUCCGCAGACCAAGAUAGAAAAAGAGCUACGUGAAAAGAGACAGGCAGAAGUACGUAAUACAGCCAAGCGGGCAUGGGCAGCAUACCGAGAAUAUGCAUGGCUCCAGGACGAGCUGGAUCCAAUCAAUGGCGGGGGCAAGAACACAUUUGGAGGAUGGGCUGCCACCUUGAUAGACAGUCUGGACACACUAUGGAUUAUGGAUCUGAAAGACGAGUUCCACGAGGCCGUCAAGGCGGUCAAGGAGGUCGACUUCAGCUCGAGCAGUCAGCAAACGGUCAAUAUCUUCGAAACAACCAUUCGCCAUCUCGGUGGUCUGCUUGCGGCAUACGACCUGAGCAAGGAGAAGAUCCUUCUUGCGAAAGCCAUCGAAGUGGGCGAUAUGAUCUACAAAGCAUUUGACACUCCCAACCAUAUGCCCGUUGCGCGCUGGAAUUGGGCAAAAGCUGCUGCCGGUACACCUCAGACCGCACCAGAACAAGUCCUCGUCGCCGAACUCGGCAGUCUGACCAUGGAAUUCACACACCUGACGCAAGCCACCGGCGAUAAGAAGUACUAUGAUGCUGUUGCGCGCAUUAUGGACGUGUUCCAGCGCGAGCAGAACAAUACUCUACUCCCCGGCAUGUGGCCUGUCGCAGUGAACGCAAAGACUGAAGACUUCAAAUCAGACAACGCAUUCACCCUCGCAGCAAUGGCGGACUCUGCAUACGAAUAUCUUCCGAAGAUGCACGCGCUGCUAGGCGGUAUCGACGCGCGAUACGAGAGUAUGUACCGCAUUGCCAUGGACACGGCCAUCAAGCACACUCUCUUCCGCCCCAUGACGCCCGACGAGUCCGACAUUCUCGUGAGCGGCUUCGCGCGCCCCAAUGGCGAUAGCGUAAAACUAGAUCCGCAACUGCAGCAUCUGGUCUGCUACACAGGUGGCCUAUUUGCAAUUGGCGGAAAGCUGUUCGACAUCCCAGAGCACGUGAGAAUAGCGCAAAAACUCACAAAUGCAUGUAUCUGGGCGUACAAAGCGUUCCCGUAUGGGAUUAUGCCUGAAGUCUCGCAUCUUGUGCCCUGCGCUUCGAUGGACCAUUGCCCAUGGGCUGAAGAGGUAUGGCGAGGGGCGGUGUUGCAGCGGUCUUCUGUCGGAGCAGACAAUCCUGAGGAUGUGCUGCACUACAUUUCGCAAAGCCGAUUGCCUGAAGGAAUAGCAAAGGUGGAUGACGGCCGGUAUAUCCUGCGACCAGAGGCGAUUGAGAGUGUGUUUGUGAUGUACCGCGUCACUGGAGAGCAGAGCAUGCAGGCAGCAGCAUGGGACAUGUUUACUGCUAUCCAGAAGCAUACAGCAACUGAUAUAGCCAACUCGGCGAUCGCGGAUGUCACAGCCCCAGAUACGAUUGCGCCGAAGGCGGGCAACAUGGAGAGCUUCUGGAUCGCAGAGACACUGAAAUACUUCUAUUUGAUCUUCAGUGAUCCCUCGGUGAUCAGCCUGGAUGAGUACGUGUUCAAUACAGAAGCACAUCCUUAUCGGAGGCCGGUAUGA